UUACAUCAAAAAAUAACAAUGACGAUAUUUUAGAGACAAUUAAAACUUAAUAAAAAAACAGACAAAAAUGAUCAUUCAUGUUCCAUAAAAUUUUCAAAUAUCUCAAAAUUUCCGUUAGCAAUCUAAUUCCUAGAAGUAGACAGGAUUCAUUACAACCGAAGCGCAAUAAGUUCGUCAUUGGAAGUGAAGACGUGGUGAGGGGUCAAUACUACAGCAGAGGAAUGGACGGAUCAGGCAGGCAGUCUCGACUGCUGAGUCGAUUGUUGGGAAAGUUGAGAGGAGAGAGUCGCCACAGCGCUCUGGACAAGAAUUUCUCAUUCUCCUCCACCGGAAUGAGUGAGAGUAUAGGUUGUGGGAGCACCAACGACGAGGAGUCGGGUCUGAACACGUCCGAAGCGGCCGGGGUCGGUCCAGGCCCCGCGUCCAGUGCGACCACCAUCGACGACGCGCAGUUCGCUGCUAACAUCGACUUGAGGUACGGUGGACAAUAUCUGACACCGGAACAGUUGCCGGUAUUCUGCAGCCAGCUUCAUCAUUUGGUAGAGGUGAUCAGGAAUAUACAGUCUUACGCCAGAGUCACUGGAGAAUAUCCGAGUGAACUGGAACGCCGUUUGGAGCGUGAAGCGCGCGAGGUGUCCGCCCUGGCCAGCGAGGCUCGCAACGCCCUGGAGGCAGCCUCGCGAGCCAAGCUCCAGAGGAAAGCGUUACGCGCACAGAAGGUUGCGCUCACAGCUAGAUUGGCCAGGCUCAGGGACUCGGAGUUACGUGAGCUGGAGAGUUCAGUUCGUGCCUCUGAUCGGAAGCUGUUUAAGAGCUGGGAGGCGGUCAAGGACUCCAGCGACCCGGCGAGCUUCGAGCCCCUUAUUGAGGAAGUUAGGGGCAAGCAAGCAGCUCUGGAGUGUAUGAUGCGUUUGAUAGAAACAAAACGAGCAAACAUAUCCCGUCCUCCCACGCCGCGACCUUUACCGCCGCCACUCCCCGACGACGAAGAUACAAUUCAAACGGCCUCCGUCCGUAAACGAAGUGAGACACGUCGGUACAGCAGCAAGAGAAAGAGAAAAGAAUCGUCCCGCGAGCCGAGAUCGGUGCCGCUGUCAGGAGAGUCAAGCAGACACAACCCGCAGCAGGUGACGCUAUACAUCCAAAGCGCGGCGCCACUGGGACUGGAGUUGCCGCGCGCCUCUGUCAGAGAUAUAUUGUUCUUCACCACAGAUUGAUUAAUAUAUUUUAUGAUUGUGUUAUGAUUCAAUUUGACAAUUUAAAAUUUAAUUACAAGAAAGUUAUGCAUAAUCAACUUA